AAUGCACCGUGAACCGGACGUUCUUUCAUUUUAGCUGUUUGCUUGUUUUGCUCGCGCUGGCGGACCCUGGUCCAAACGGUUUCGAACCCAAAGUCUCACUCGCAUUUAGCGGGUUGCCAGAGGCAGCAAUCGCACCCAGGGAUCCACAGCCUCCAGUUUGGGCUGCUGCGGUUCGGAACCUGAAGCGGAUCAGAGGCUGGGCUCGAGAGAAGCUAGCUGCCACUGAUCCCGGUCCGAACCCGCCGAGGUUCGGCCUGUCAGCCGCAUCCACGGCUCCAAAGUCAGUGAAGUGAAGAGCGAGCAGGGGACGCUGGGACUUGAACACCCUCCAGACAGCUGACCUUGGAGAUGACAUCCCAGCAGCCACCCCACCACCCCCAUCUCCAUCACAGCCCGUCUGCACAGCAGAACCGAGUAGAGUCCAACCACAGCAGUGGUGUCCCGCUGAGGAACCGAGCUGUGAUGAGCAGACCCCCCUGCCUCAGUGUGGCUGCCGCUGGGGGGGUAAACAACAGGACAGUCUCCUCUGCCUCCCCCAGCCCCAGCCUGUCCAGAAGAGCACGUUCCUCAGAGCCGUGGCCUGAGGAGGCGGUGGAUGGCUCGCAUGGGCUGUACUCGCUGCACCGCAUGUUUGACAUCGUGGGGGCUCAGUUGACGCACCGGGACGUGCGCGUGCUGUCCUUCCUCUUUGUGGACGUCAUCGACGAGUACGAGCGCGGUGGCAUCAGGAGCGGCCGGGACUUCCUGCUGGCCCUGGAGCGGCAGGGGCGCUGCGACGAAACCAACUUCAGACACGUCCUCCAGCUGCUGCGCAUCAUCACUCGCCACGACCUUCUGCCUUACGUCACGCUCAGGAAGCGGCAGGCUGUCUGUCCAGAUCCUGUAGACCAGUACCUGGAGGAGACAUCUGUGCGCUACAUUUCACCCAGAGGAGCCGAGCGCUGCCGGGACUCUGUGCUGCAUCGAGCUCCAGGCCCCCAGCCGGUCAUCUGCUGCCCCCCCUCGGGAUCCCAUGUAGGUCCUUCUCGGACGAAACCGCCUCCCCCUCCCACGCACGGCAAACGGAAAAGAAGUCACCCCUCCUCAGACUGCAGGGAGAAGCAGACAUGUGACAUCCGACUGCGGGUUCGUGCAGAGUACUGCCAGCACGAGUCAGCGCUUCAGGGAAACGUCUUCUCCAACAAGCAGGAGGCGGUGGAGAGACAGUUUGAGCGCUUCAACCAGGCCAACACCAUCCUGAAGUCCAGAGACCUGGGCUCCAUCAUCUGUGACAUUAAGUUCUCUGAACUCACCUACCUGGACGCCUUCUGGAGAGACUACAUCAACGGCUCGCUGCUGGAGGCGCUCAAAGGCGUCUUCAUCACCGAUUCCCUGAAGCAGGCUGUGGGCCACGAGGCCAUCAAGCUGCUGGUCAACGUCGACGAGGAGGACUACCAGGCAGGACGCCGCAAGCUGCUCUGUAACCUGGUUGCCAGUGGAGGGAGCCCCCCUGUGGACAGCCGGGACGCUGUGUCCUAAUUCCUGACUGUGACAGAGGGGAGUAUAUGAAGAAGCUGUCUGAAAGGAAGUGUAGGACUCCAGCAAGUGAUGGAGCCGGACGGACACGUGAACUGCAGAGUGGACGGGUUCGACUCCAGUCAAACUCUUUUCCUCUUUCUUCAAACUCUCCUCAUUUUGUUAACAGCUCUGAGAUGAAAGUGAACCAGUGUUCAGGACGUUACCUGCUUCCUCUGUCCGUGUGUCCUGGUGACUGACGGCGUCGGCCAAUCGCAGACCCUCGUGCACAUGCAUUGGCCAAUCACUCCUGUUCCCUGAAGGUCUCCUCUGUUGACAUGUGCUCGUCCUGACUUUGGUUGAACUUUUCAUGUUUGAUCUCGGAGCGCCGCUGAGGGUCGCUCUCGUGUAACCGAAUCUUCCACUGCUGUACAUUUGACCUGAAAACAAAGUGAACCUUUUUAAUACAUUUAGAUGCUCAGCAAAUAAACGGCAGAUAAAUCCCG